CGGGUGUCUGAUGCUGAUGAACGGUGGAGAUGAGGCAGAGCUGGCCGGUGGGCCCGGGGCCACGCUUGGGAAUUAUCAACAACAGGGUUUUGAGGUGGUUUAUGAUUUGGAAAAGAACCGGGUCGGGUUCGCCCGGCGACAGUGUUCUACGCUGUGGGAUAGUUUGAACCGGAGCUAGAGUGGACCGGGCCCACGAGUUGACUCAUCUUCUAAGGUCUACUACUGCAUAGUUUUGACUUGAGCAGACCGUCAACGGUCAACUCUUGGUGGGGUAAAUAAGGUAUUUUGAGGUUUGAAGGGGGGUUUAUUUGUAAAUUCGGAUCAGCACUUCACUUCUUGCUUCACCAUUACUCUAAAAGUUGAAAUUUUAUUUGUAUAUGAAGAGUGUUCAAAAUGCA